UAACAAAGGUCAGAGGAAAUACGAAAACAGAUACAGCUGUACAUUCAAUGUCUUAAAAACGUUUUUCAACAGAAUUCAAAACGCAAUUUAAAAUAAACUGUGGGUUUACAUGUAUUUAUUUCUAUUUUAUCUUUUAAGUUAACCUGAACGUAAACGAUCUUUGAAAACGAAAGAGGACGUAAAAUUGUUAUCUCAACAAAAUGGCGACCGGUGGAUGUGAAGAUACUUCGGAUGAAAUAUUUAACUUUAAAUGCACGCCUUGUGCCAAGAAAAAUAAGAAUAGAGAAGCGGUAAAAUACUGUGUGGAGUGUCAAGGAUAUUGUUGUAGGUCAUGUGUAGACAUACAUGAAGAUUUUCCUACUUUAGAAGGACAUCAGCUUCUUGAUAAAUCGGAUUUUAAGUCGACAGGUAUUACGACGGACCUCCCGGAUUUACCGACCGUGAGAUGCAAGAUUCAUACAGUAAAGGUUAUGGAUAUGUACUGUGAAAACCAUGACGUGGUGGGUUGCACAAGCUGCAUGGCUCUGUCACACAGGAGCUGCACGGAUGUACAACUGAUACCCGAUAUUAUCAACACUGUUUUCAAAAAGGAAGACGCAGAUGCAACAUCUCUAAAGCUACAGGAUAAGAUAAAACAGUUGGAGAAAAUUAUCAGCACACGUUUAACACUUCUUAAAGAGUUGAAGGAUUCAAAGGCAGAAGCAAUAAUUGCGAUUGCAGAUUUCAUAAAAGAAUUGGAACUUAUACUUCAAAACCUUAAAAGGGAAUCUAUAAAUGAAGUCGAAGAGGAAUUUCACAAAAGGAAGAGUAUGCUAGAUGAUGAGAAAAAGAAAGCUGAAAAAGAAAUGGAAGACAUGAAGCAAGCUGAUAAUGAUAUUCUGCAACUAGAGGCAAACAAAGCUGAAACAUUUGUCAGUAUGAAAAUCGCCCAAGAGAAAGCUACCAAUGCAGAUGACGCCAUUAAUUCCUUGAAGACACCUUCUAACACGAAAAUAAAAUUUCAAGUGGACACAGACGUACGAGACACUUUGCGUCGAUUACAAUCAUUAGGAAAACUCAGCAUUAGUUCUUCCGCAGCCUUGAAACCUAGGACAGGCGUCUAUUCAAUUACCAGCACCAGUGAUAUGAAUAUCAAAUUGCAAGAUGAUAUAAAAACAUGUUAUAUCGGCGGAUCAUGUUUAACAGAAACAGGAAUGCUGCUGUUAACUGAUUAUAACAAUAGAAAGCUGAAACGUAUAUACGUUACCAAUUUGUCUACGAUAAAUCAGUGCGACUUAAGUUAUGGUCCUUUCUUUGUUUGCGCUAUAAAUGAACAGGAAGCAGCAGUUACCUUUUAUAACAACAUAAUUCAGUUUGUCUCUCUUGGAAAACAAAUGACACGAAAACGCCAACUAGCCGUGAGUCAUAUUUGUUUUGAUAUUGCUUACAAUGAAGACAAAUUGUACAUAACUGAUAAUAGUUCUUCCCUUUACAUACAUGAUAUGGCAGGUAACCUGCUGCAGACCGUAUCAAAAGAUAGCUCCGGGAAUUGUCUCUUCACAUUUAGCAGAGAUAUUGCCUUCAGCGACAACGGAGACAAAAUGUUCGUCGUCGAUUUCACUAAUAGGAUGAGAACUUUUGAUAUUCACGGAAAUCAUACUGAUACAUAUACCGAUUCAGAUUUAGUUCAAGCUUCAGGAAUUGCUUCUGAUAGAAGAGGCAACAUAUUUGUAUGUGGAUACGGAUCAAAAAACAUUGUACAGAUAGGACAAGAUGGAAAGAAGAAAGGAGUGAUCGCAACAGCGUCAGAUGGACUCGCGAAUCCAUUCUCCAUUUGUUUUUAUCCAAUACAGAGUGUGUUAUUUGUCACACAAGAAGGCGAUGACAAAAUAAAAGUCUUUAACUUGAAAUGAACAUGCUUACACUGUAUAAAUCCUAACAGAACAUUAUUUUCAGUAGAACUUGAUCUUUAUGACUCAGAAAUAGGACCAGAAUUCUAUAUACAUGUACAUAUUGAAUGGCUUGCCGGUCAAUAGUCCAGAAGUCCAAACGUUAAAUAUUACGUGACAUUGAAAAAUAAAGACUGACGAUUCAUAUUUGAGAUCAUGAAAUAAAGUAUGUUAAUACUGACAAAGAUAACGCGAAUCGGUUUGUUUUUGAUGAUUCAUAAAGUAUACAUUCAUUCACUGUGGGAAUCACAUGAUCAAAAUAAUAUCUAAACCAAAAUAAAUUUAUGAAUACUAACGGAUAGUAUUGAAGCAACUUCUGAUAAAAUCUAAAAUAUAGCUAUCAUAUGGCAACAUAGAUGUAUCCUAAAACUACAUAGAUUUCAAUCACAAUUACCCUCUGAUUAUCUGAAACACUUCAAGAAACUGAGACUUCUUAUUUUCCUUAGUGUUUGUAAUUACGGGAUAUCUGUCAUUAGUGUCAACUACAUAAUAAUUUAACAAUUUUCAUUAGUCAUAUGUUCGGCUAUGUGUAAAUUUCAUAUCUUAUCAAGGUAGGAAAUUUAUUUAUGUUCUUCAAAAUAUAACUACUUUAGAGAUUAUUUUGAUCAUGUGAUUCCCCACAGUGACAUUACUAAUGAGAACAAUUUUGUCCCCUACAUAUAUCGUGUGAUACUUAUUUCAUGACGUUUGUUUGCAUCAAUUAUGCAACGAAAUGCAGUGUUGUAUAUAAUGAAGCUCCGCGGCGACAAGUGUGCGUUUUUCUUUAUCUCGAGGUCACGCGAUUAAAUCGCGUGGCUAUGCGAUAGUAUCUUAUUUGCAAGAGAUGGUGUCUCUUGGUCAAGCGAUAACGAACUGAUGGCAACACGAUAAUCAACAAGUCCCAAAGAGGUAGUAUCUCGUGAAUUUGUUUGUUUUAUUUCGAAAUAACGCCUUUUUUCAAUAGUAUUUCAGCUAUGUAUCGGCAUGCCGUU